AUGGAUGUUUCAUCAAACCAGCUUUCCGGGAAUCUACCGGACUUCUUCCAUAAUUUUCCAAACUUGACUCAUUUCUCAGCUCAAUCGAAUCGUUUCUCUGGUGGCAUACCUUCGUCACUCUCAAAUUCACCGGUUAUCUCUUUUCUUAAUUUAAGAAACAAUUCAUUCAAUGGUCCGAUUGAAUUUGACUGUUCCAUGAUGACGAACCUCACCUCACUUGAUCUUGGCACGAAUAACUUUUCCGGUUCCAUUCCUGACGACCUUUCUUCUUGCCAGAAUUUAAGAGCUAUGAAUCUCGCCAGAAACAGAUUCCAUGGUGAAAUCCCUGAAACUUUCAAGAAUUUCCGAUCACUUUCUUACCUUUCCCUUUCGAAUUGCAGUUUCAGUAACCUCUCAAACACUCUGAAAAUCCUUCAACACUGUCCAAACUUAACCGUUUUGGUUCUAACCAUGAACUUUCGUGGUGAACAGUUGUCGUCCGAUGAUGAUAAAUUAAGUUUCAGAGCAUUCAAAGCUCUCGUAAUUGCAAACUGUUCGAUUCCAUCUUAUUUAGGUGAUUUCGAUUCUCCUUUUUACUUGGAUCCAUCCAACAACUCGUUGUCGGGAGUGAUACCAAAGAACCUCACGCACUUACCUUGCCUCAGUUUCCAGGAAAUAUCACUGGAAGAGGGUUCACCGGAUUUCCCGUUUUUCCGGCGACCCAACAUCAGUAACAGAGCAGUCGUGUUGCAGUAUAAUCAGAUUAUGAGCUUCCCGCCUCUUCUUGAUCUCAGUAACAACCACUUCAUCGGCUCCAUCUGGCCGGAAUUUGGGAACUUGAAAAGCAAAGGCGCAAUUGCAGGUAUGGCAAUCGGAAUCAGAAUCGGGACAUUAUUCAUUCUUCUACUCAUGUUCUUGAUCGUCUUUCGCGCACCAACCAGACAAGAAGUCGAUCCAGAAAAAGAUGAUGAAACCGAUAGCAACAAAGAAGAACAUGAAUCAAAACUAGUAGUUCUUUUCCAGAAAUCAAACGAAAACAACACAGAUCUUUCCCUCAACGAUCUUUUGAAAUCAACCAACAAUUUCAAGAAUGGAUUGGAAUCCAAUUUGGUGUAA